GUUAAAGAACUCGUUCUUGACAACUGUAGGUCAUAUGAAGGCAAAAUCGAAGGCCUUACAGAUGAGUUUGAAGAGCUGGAAUUCUUAAGUACAAUCAACGUAGGCUUAACCUCAGUUGCAAACUUACCAAAGUUAAACAAACUUAAGAAGCUGGAGCUCAGCGACAACAGAAUCUCAGGAGGACUGGAAGUGUUGGCAGAAAAGUGUCCGAACCUCACGCAUCUAAAUCUAAGCGGCAACAAAAUAAAAGAUCUCGGUACAAUGGAACCUCUG